GAAUGGCCCUUGCCAGUUGACAACUUGACCCUACUACUGCCAGUUAGCUGCUUUUGGCUGCCACUGCACCGCGCCCCUAGAAUACAAUGUCUGACCAAGAAGAGCAGCUCAUCGAGUUGCUUUUAACGCUCAAGAAAACAACACCAGAGCAAGCACGCACCAUCCUCGCGUCCACACCGCAAAUAGCAUAUGCCCUUAUCGGUCUGAUGGUGAAAAUGAAUGCUGUAGACGUACAAGUCCUGCAGAAAACGCUCACGACCUACUCGGCAUCGAUCCAGCAACAGCAACAACAGAAUGCAGGCCCGUCGACGGCGCCUGCCAUUCAGCCUGCGUCUGCCAUUCCGCCUCACCUCCAGCAGUACCGCACGCCAACGCCGCAGUCGCAGACGCCCCCGCACGUGCCGUCACAUACACCUACCCCUCCACAUUAUUCCAAUGGACACGGGCAGGCUUCACAACAAAAUUACGGUUAUGGCGCACCCCCCCAUUAUGGCGUACAAGGAGGAUAUAGCGCUCCACAACAAUCUUCCAUAGGGGGUGGCAUGAUUCCAGAUGCCCUUGCAUCGAUCCCUGAUGAGCAAAAGGCCAUGAUAAUGCGUGUCAUAGCUAUGACACCAGACCAGAUCAACAUGCUCCCGCCGACGGAGCGCGCAAGCAUUAUUCAGCUGCGCGCAACACUGGGGCUGCCGUCAUAAGGGUCUACACUAGCCAGUCAUAUCUGAAUACGACAUAGAUGACCACCCACGACUCGGACUCGGCAUCGGCGUGAAACACUAAGCCGUCAAUCUGAGAACUGGAGAUGGUGACCAGCAAAUUGGCCAAUUUGAUCAUGGCAAGCAGCCUACACGUGAUGGAAAUAUUUACAGUUCGAUUAUUCCAUGUUUGAAUGGUAGACUGAUGGUACAAAUGCAAUUCCGAGGAGCAAUAUCUGUCUUACAACAAAUCUCAAUAAAUGGGUAUUAGUUUAUCAGC